AUGGCGCCCCGGAGAUCGCACAAGAAGUCGCGGAAUGGAUGCGACCAGUGCAAGCAGAGACGAGUAAAGUGCGACGAACGUGGUCCUCCUUGCACCAACUGUCAGAAUCGAGAGAUAAACUGUGUUUACUCUUUGGCGGCGGCCCGCAGAGUCAAAGCAGCCUCAACGACGUCCGCGGAAGCUUCACCAAUACAAUCAUCUCUAUCACCAAAUGCACCCUCCGUCCCGAGCAGCACCCAUUAUCACAAUGGACAGACCGAGCCAAGUCCAGGCCCACCAGCACCUGUAGCACCACCUAUUCUCCCUCUCCCUCCAGCCGUCCGUUUGCUCGAGUUCGAAUUGGCCCACAAAUACACUACCGACUCCUAUAAAAGCCUCUGUGGCGUUCCCGAGGACAAAUACGCAUGGCAGGUCCAUAUUCCCCGCUUGGCGAUAUCCAGCCAUUUUUUGAUGGAUGGAAUAUUGGGGUUGGCAGCCCUGCAUAUAGCAUCAGGUGCUAAACAUCCAUCUGAGGUUGUUUCAUACUUUGAUGCAGCCAUCCGAUACCAUACCCUUGCCUCGUCACCCUUCCGCGAGGCCCUAAACAACAUCACACCGGCCAACUGUGAAGCAGUCUUUGCUUUUGCUGUUAUCACAACAGUCUUCACUUUUUCAUCGACCCAGAUAGCACCAGGCCGCAGGGAGAGCGGGACUGUACUAGAAGAUGUGAUAGCAAUAUUUGAGCUAUUGCAGGGUGUCAAAGGCAUUUUCUCUGUCAGUCACGGCUGGUUAGAAAUAAGCUGGUUCUCAUCAAGCAUCAGGAUAGAAUCUGAAGAUGUCCCGGUAAACAAUGAGCCAGGCACCGAAAUGGCCUUCCGAAGGUUAAUGGCCUUUACGGACGAGACAAUGGCGUCUGCCAGUACCGAAGAUUAUAACGUUAUCAAACGGCUAGUACAGAAACUUGAGCUAUGUUUCUCAAUAUUCCGUGAUAAGCAAGAUCAAAGUCUAGUGUUAUCAUGGCUGAGCAUGUUGGAUAAAAAUACUGUGUGCGAAGCCCGACGUGGAAAUCCUUUGGUCUUGCUACUCUUUAUGCAUUGGGCAGUUCUCAUGCAUCUGAUGGAACCUCGUACCUGGUGGGCUAAGGGUCUAGGAGCUGGGCUACUUGCCGAAUUGUUAACUCGAUUCCCGUCUGACCCCCGACUCGAUGAAAUGACUCGGUGGCCUCGAGAGAAGGUAAAUCUCCGCCCAAUCAAAGUUUUGCAAUAA